AAAAGUUAACGUUCUCUUAUUGCCCUUCUCUCUCUCUCUCUCUCUCUCUACAUUCCGAUUCUGUGCUCUCUGAUUUUUUCUCUCUCUCUCUCUCUCUCUCUCUCUCGUUUCUGCAAUUUGCAUCCUCGAUCGAAGGAGAUGGUGUGAAGAGAAGCGAACCCAAUUGUGAAAGCUUCGUUCUUUCAUUUUUUGGCGCGCCGAGAAUCGAGUUCGCCGAGCUGCCUGCCGCUCCGAUCAGUCUUUGAUUUGGUUGCGGGAUUCCUUCUGGUGUUUCGAGUUCCCUGAGCCUGGGCAUUUGAAGAAUCCGCGAGAAUCGUGGUUCCCUUCGCGUUGAAAUCGCGAUCGAGCUGGUGGUUCUGGGAUUAGCGGGGGUUCUCUUUUGGAGCUUCAGUGAGUAAGUGACGAUGGAAUCUGAAGUUUUGUCGCGGGCUGAAGUUGAGGAAUUUUGUGCUGAUUCCUAGUCUGUUGUUGUUGUUGUUGUUGCCUGAGUUUGUGGGAGUGGCGGCGGGUUCACGAGGUCCGUGGUUUAAUCCGCGGGAACUUUUUUGUGGUUGGGGACGUUCGGUGGUUGUGAUGAUAAAUUAGAUGGCUUUGACGUACAAUUAGAGCCAGAAAAGGAAAGGGUGAGGAAAUGGCGAUGGAGUCGAACAUGCCAAGUUCGUCGGCUCUGAGCAGGCAUGCUAUUUCGUUUCAGACCGGUGCGGUAAACACGACCUCGGAUGUGGCACCGAUGAUGGGGAGCAAUUAUUUCGGGGUCAACAGUUCGGGCGGAAUGGUUUUUUCUGCUGGGAAUUCCGCUACCAUGAGCAACAAUUUGGGGUUACCUCAAUCGGGAAAUUCUUCGAGCUCUCUCCUCCUGGAUUAUGUUCCGGGGCUUAAGCAUGAUGCAGAUUUGGCUGUGGAGUGGUCUGCUGAAGAGCAGGAUAAACUAUACGAAGGCCUUAGGAGAUUUGCUGAUGAGCCUAAUAUAAUGAAGUAUAUCAGAAUAGCGGCCACGCUGCAGGACAAAACUGUGCGGGAUGUUGCUCUGAGAUGUAGAUGGAUGCAGAGGAAGCGAAGGAAACCUGAAGAACACAAUCUAGGAAAAAAGGUGAACAGCCGGAAGGAUAAGCUGGUGGAAUUGCCUCCAACUAAUGCUUCAUGUCUACCACAAAAUAUGGCUGCCUAUUCUCCUAUGGUUCAGCAUGUGGACCCGAAUGAGCUUCUAUAUUGUGAGGGGAUUGAUGGCACUUCUAGGCAGCUCUUAAAGCAAAAUGCACAAGCGUUCAACCAAAUCUCUGCAAAUAUGCAUAUGCUCAAGUUACAGGAGAACCUCGACCUCUUCUGUCAUGUGAGGAACAAUAUAACUUCUAUCCUGAAAAACAUGAGAGAUACGCCUGGUAUAAUGAGCCAGAUGCCACCACUUCCUGUAUCCAUCGAUGAGGAUCUCGCAAAUACUAUAUUGCCCAAUAUUAGUCAGCCAAUCAUGUUUGGUUCGCACGGAAGGAUCCAAUUGAAGCAGGAGCCAAGGUGCUAAAGGGAAGUGAUUGAAAUUCAAUUGCAUAUAUAAGAUUUGUGAAGUACAGAACAAUUCUGCUGUGUAACAAAAGAUGCUGUUGCUGAACAUUCUUCCUUCCAUGGAGAUGAUCGUCUAGCGAUUGCCAAAAAGUUCAGAGAUCGCAUUUUUGGAAUCGGAACCUCCACCUCUCAAAUAGUGAAAGCGAAAACGUGAAGACAGAAGCGCAGUACAUGCUAUCUACUUAUCUUGAAAGAGGAGGUUUCCUGACAAAACUUCCAUUCCUCGGUGAAGCUCUAGUUUAAGUGCAUUGUGUAUAAAUCAUAGACAUCUACGUUGUACUACUUUCUCUGCGGCUGAUGUGUAACUUAUAUCCAAGUCAAUACUCGGGUUAUGCCACCGAUCUUAUACAUUCUCAGCAUCCACGUUUUGGUUCUUUGAUGAACUUUUGGGGCAUUUGCGUUUUAUCAUUCUCUUUUGCGUCGGUCGGGGCUCAUUCCACUUUGUAAUAAUGUACCCAAAGUCAUUUUGACAGUCUCCGAGCUCCUUGAAAAUAAAUUCUUUCGGAGGGACAGUGAUGCGAGUCCUUGUUCUUAUGUCGUCUGCUGUAACUAAAUUCUUCUGUACGAGUCGCCAACUGUUUUUCGCAACAUUCUGCGGUGACAUUCACAUUCCACGUUGGCCUUUU